GUAGCGCGUGUGUGUGACCCACGUUGAGCACUAAAGAGGUGGACCGGGAGGAACGGCGGGUUGUCGGGAGCGGCAGAGCUAGCAUUCAGGCGGAGAGGAAAUCCCCUGGUGGAGGGAGGGAGGGCAGGUGUUCCUCUGAGCGCGGAGAAGAUCAGUGCUAGCUUAGUAGUGGCGACUGAGCCGUUGGGUCCACUUUGAGGGGAGGAGCGACUAGGAGGCCCCCUGUUGGUGGGCUGGAGCGGCGAGGCUGCAGAGAGCGUGCAGGUGGUUGUAGAGAUGAGGACGAAGAGGAGACCCUCCGGAGGGACAGUGGUGAUGAGCAGAUAAUGUGGAGACGCCUCAUCAGCGAGGGGCGGUGUAGAAGGUCCUCCAUGGUGGUGGGGAGAACCUGUAAAGGCCCACAGAGGUAGGCAGCCUGGGAGAAGGACGCGGACGUGGAAAGGUUGUGUAGACGGGGUUAGAUGUGCAGGAGCAAUGUAGAGGGGCUGACGAGGCGUCAGAGACAUCCGUGAAGGAGAAGCAUGAAGCGAACCGGCCUGGAGUGGGGGGUGCUUUGUGGAUGCACUUGGGAGCUAACCUAUUGAAGACCCUCAGACCAGGCACUUAAAGCAAGCAGUGAUUGGAAAUGUGGGUGCUCCUGCGAGGCGGGCACCCCCUCCGCAUCCUGCUGCCCCUGCGUGGGGAGUGGAUGUGCCGCAGGGGCCUGCCCCGCAGCCUGGUUCCAGGCCCUCCCCGCAGGCGAUACAGGAAGGAGGCUCUCCCAGCCUUGGAUGUUCCAGUGUUGCCUGUAACCACAACUGAGAUCCGCCAGUACUUGCGGGCUCGAGGGAUCCCCUUCCAGGAUGGCCACAGCUGCUUGCGAGCACCGAGCCCUUUUCUGGGAGCCUCACAGCUCAAGGACCAGACUGGUGCUACCUCCUCCUACACCCUCUAUAUUAACAAGACCACGGGACGAUUUCUCUGCAUGAGUAGCCUCGCAGAAGGGAGCUGGGAAGACUUCCAGGCCAGCGUGGAGGGCCAAGGAGAUGGGGCUGGUGAGGGAAUCCUGUUUAGUGAGGCCCCAUUAGCUGAGGACAGCAAGGAGGUGCUGAGGAUCUGGGACCGAGCAGUACCUCUCUGGGAGCUGCCUGAGCCGGAGGAGGCCCAGCUGGCUCGGGUGAUGUUUGGCAUUACCAAACUGACAGAUGACACAUUCAAGCGGUUCAGUGUGCGGUAUCUCCGGCCUGCUCGCAGCCUUGUCUUUCCUUGGUUCAGCCCCGGAGGUUUGGAAUUGCGAGGUCUGAAACUUCUAGGAGCUGAAAGCCACAGGAAUGGAGUGUGCUACGUGGAGACCACCAUCCCCCGACCUGGGGCCUAUCACAAUCUGUUUGGGUUGUCACUCAUUGGCCGUCGGGAUGUUGAAGUAGUCCUGACGAGUCGUGAGUUCGACAGCAUGGCGUUGAGCCAGUGCACAGGACUGCCCACCCUGACCCUGCCCCGAGGGAUAGCCUGCUUACCCCCUGCCUUGCUCCCUUACCUUGAGCAGUUUCGACGGGUUGUGCUGUGGCUGGGAGAUGACCUUCGCUCCUGGGAAGCUGCCAAGUUGUUUGCCCGAAAACUGAACCCCAAGCGAUGCUCCUUGGUGCGUCCUGGGGACCAGCAGCCCCGUCCCCUGGAGGCCCUGAACCAAGGCUUAAAUCUCUCCCGCAUUCUGCGGACUGCCUUGCCUGCCUGGCACAAGUCUAUCGUGUCUUUCCGCCAGCUUCGGGAGGAGGUGCUAGGAGAACUGUCCAAUGUAGAGCAGGCUGCCGGUGUUCGCUGGAGCCGCUUCCCUGACCUCAAUCGUCUCCUGAAAGGACAUCGAAAAGGCGAGCUGACAGUCUUCACAGGGCCCACAGGCAGCGGGAAGACAACGUUCAUUAGUGAGUAUGCCCUGGAUUUGUGUACCCAGGGGGUGAACACACUGUGGGGAAGCUUUGAGAUCAGCAACGUGAGACUCGCCAGGGUCAUGCUGACACAGUUUGCUGUGGGGCGGCUGGAGGAGCAGCUGGACAAGUAUGAUGAGUGGGCGGACCGUUUUGAGGACCUGCCUCUCUACUUCAUGACUUUCCAUGGGCAUCAGAACAUCAGGACUGUAAUAGAAACGAUGCAACACGCAGUCUACGUCUAUGACAUUUGUCAUGUGAUCAUUGACAAUCUGCAGUUCAUGAUGGGACAUGAGCAGCUAUCCUUGGACAGGAUUGCAGCUCAAGACUACAUCGUGGGAGCCUUUCGGAAGUUUGCCACUGAUAGUAACUGCCAUGUAACACUGGUCAUUCAUCCCCGGAAGGAGGAUGAUGACAAGGAACUGCAGACAGCAUCUAUAUUUGGCUCAGCCAAAGCAAGCCAGGAAGCAGACAAUGUUCUGAUCCUUCAAGACAGGAAACUUGUAACUGGGCCAGGAAAACGCUAUCUGCAGGUGUCCAAGAACCGCUUUGAUGGAGACGUAGGUGUCUUUCCACUUGAGUUCAACAGGAGCUCUCUUACCUUCUCCGUACCCCCAAAGGGCAAGGCCCGGCUCAAGAAGAUCAAGGAUGACAAUGGGCUAGUGGACAAAAAAGCCUCUCCUGGCAAAAAGGGUGCAGUGCCCCAGAACUCUAAGGUUUGCCCAGACCAGGUCCCUAACCCCUACUAGCCAGACACAUCCAGGCCUUCAGGGUAAAGGCACUGGAGAGCUGGAUACUGAGAUGAGCCUGAGGCACAGGCCGAAGAUUUAUGUCCCAAACUUGGGGCCCUUCUCAAUGUGAGAAUUCAGUGUAGUAUAUCUUUGUGAACUUACUAUGUGCCAGGCUUUGUUCUAGGCCCUGAGACUUUAGCACUGAUCCCAUAGGGCCUCUUGCCGUGGGGAGGGGAGGCAAGACAAGCAAUAACAUUUGUUGACAUACCGUGCACCAAGCUUUGUUCUAGGUUCGGGGACUAUAGCACUGAUGAGACAAGCAACAUCCUGCUCCCAUAGGACCUCUUGUCCCUGGGGGAGACAAAGACAAGCAGUAAUAUUUGUGGACAUACUGUGUACCAGGCUUUGUUCUAGGCCCUGGGACGAUAGCACAGAUAAGAGAGGCAACAUCUUGUUCCCCUGGGACCUCUUGUCUGGGAGAAAAGAUGAACAGUGAAACAACUAAGCACAAGACAGGUCAGAUAUUAAAAAUGUUAUAAAGUCAUGAAAUAAUGCUCACAGGCUGGUUUCUACUAAGGUCUGGAAAUGUGUCUGAGCAGAGCAUGCUUGAGCAGGAGCUUAAAGAACUAGAACAGCCAUGUGACUAUCUGGACAAAGAGGAGUCCAGGCAGAGAGAAAGGUGAAUAUAGAGGUGAGAAUGAACUAGUUGACUCCGAAGCAGUAGGGGGACAGCCCCCACGAACCUGGUGAGGAAUAAGAACCGUCUUGCCAAGACUCCAGCCUAGAUUUCAGACCCAGCUGGUGAUAUGUAGGGGACAAACUCCUCUGCUCCUCACUCUGGAGCCUGUCAUGGGCUAGCACUUACCAGCACUGGAGCCUGGGUGCUUGGCCCCUUAUUUGAAAAGGUCCCAGUGACAGAAGGCUGGCCAAAGAGCCAUGGACAGAGACUGUAACCCCAGAAUGCCUGCCACCUGAACGCGACUCCAUGAUGUGCUGCUUCAGCUGCUGGAGUGGAUGCAGUCAUGCCAUUUUUUAGAGCCUUUUCCAGUUUUACUGAAAUCAAGUUUCUUCUCUACUUGUUUCUAUGCUUCUUCUUCUUUGUCCACUAGGUGUCUCCCCAGCCUGUAACUUUGAAUUAGGGGUGGAGGGGUUCCCUCCCCUAUCUCCAAUCUUAGAACUGUCCAAGGAAGCAGGGGCAUUAAAAGGCACACACACGGGCAGGGUGGUGACACACCCAGUUGGACAUACCUGCUACAAGGACUCAGGUUCAAGCCCCCGGCCUCCAUCUGCAGGGGGAAACCUUAGUGAGCUGUGAAGCAGUGAUAUAGGUAUCUCUUUCCCUCUAUCUUCCCUCUCAAUUUCUGUCCUUAUCCAAUUAGAAAAUAAAAUAAAGUGGGGCCGGGUGGUGGCACACUUGGUUGAGUGCAUGUUCCAAUGCACAAGGACCCGGGUUUGAGCCCCCAGUCCCCACCUGCCGGGGGAAAGCUUUGCAAGUGGUGAAGCAGUGCUUCAGGUGUCUGUCUCUGUCCCUCUCUGCCUCCCCCUCCUCCCAAUUUCUGGCUGUUUCUAUCCAAUAAAUAAAUAAAUAUAAUAAAACUAUUUUUUUAAAAAAGGCACACACACCUUAUGCCACUUGUUGGCCUUGAGAAGACAGCAUGACCCUCUCAGAGGGUGACCAAGUGGUCUCUAGCAGAGUACAGGCCAAGAUCUUGCCUGACCAGCUGUCCCUCAAAAAUGAGCCAUAUAACUGGCCUCUCAGGUUCAGCAUAUUCUUUUAUGACCCCUCAGCCUCUCAGUGUUUAUGUUACUGUGUGUUAAAAAUGGAUAACUUUUCAGACUGGGAAUGGCUGAAAAGCAUGAGGUCUUGGGUUUGAUCCCUGACAUUGAGUAUGGUAGAGUGAUAUUCUGGUUCUCUCCUAUUUCUUGUGUUGAUAAAUAAAAAUCUUUUUCCUUU